GGAGUGUCUUUCUGUUCUAUAAAGGCACUCUGAAGAGGCUCCGCAGCUACUCUGGUUUGAGCUGCGCCACAAUGAACUGCUUUGCAAUUCUACUCGCAUUCGUUUUAUCUUCUGCCAAAGUGACCAGCUUCAAAGUUAAACUGGUUGAUAAUGGGUACAACAAUGUUGUCAUUGCAAUCCACGAACACAUACCUGCCAAUCAAAAGCUUCUUGAAAAUAUCAAGAACAUGGUAACAAGAGCCUCGGGGGUCCUCUACAAUGCUACAAGAAAAAGAGCUUUCUUCAGAGAUGUUAAGAUUUUAAUACCAAGAACCUGGGGCUCAUGGACAGGAACCCAGACACCCACAUAUGAGACAUAUAACCAGGCAAAUGUUUUCAUUGCUAAAUCAAGCCAUAGAGAUGGUCCAUACACACUUCAAUAUGGUGGCUGUGGAAAAGAGGGACGCUACAUCCAUUUCACCCCAGAUAUUUUCCUCAAUGAUGCUUUCAUUAAUAAUUAUGGACCAAGAGAAAAAGUGUUUGUUCAUGAGUGGGCUCAUCUUCGCUGGGGAGUAUUUAAUGAAUAUGAUGAGAGCACACCAUUUUAUCGGCCAAAUCUAAAAUCAAGGCUGGAAUCAACAAGGUGCCCAAAAGACAUAACAGGAGAUUUCUGUAUGCCUAGCAGUACUCCAGGAGACUGUUCACCAUGUGAUGAUGAGUCUUCUGAUCUCUGUGUAUUUACACCCCACUCAACACAGAAUACAAAUGUCUCCAUGAUGUUCAUGCCAUCUUUAACAUCAGUAAAUAUGUUUUGUGACAGUGAAAGUCAUAAUGCUGAAGCACCAAAUGACCAGAACAGGAAAUGUGAUUACAGAAGCACUUGGGAUGUUAUCAGUGAAUCUGAAGACUUCAAGGAUAAUUCUAAUAAACCUGUAUACCUUGAUUUACCAACGCCUACGUUUACACUGCUGCAACCUAAAGACAGGGUAUUCUGUUUAGUCCUUGAUGUGUCUGGAAGCAUGAAUGGUGAAGGACGACUCACGCGACUGAGACAGGCAUCUGUACUGUUCCUAAAGUACAUAAUAGAAGAGGACUCCAAAGUCGCUAUUGUUACAUUUAAUAGCAAUGCUUUAAUCAAAAGAUAUUUAACCGAAAUUUCAGAUGACAACACAAGAAAUCAACUCAUUAAAGACUUACCUACAACUGCCGAAGGUGGCACAAAUAUCUGCAGUGGCCUUCAGAUGGGAUUUCAGGUACUUGAAAAGGAUGGUAGCUCAGAGGGAGGUGAAAUUAUACUGCUUACAGACGGGGAAGACUCAUCAGUUGGAAGAUGUUUUGAUGAGUUUAAGAAUAAAGGCACCAAAAUCCACAGCAUAGCAUUGGGACCAAAUGCAGAAAAAGAUUUGGAAAAAUUUCCGCAGAUGACAGGUGGAUUCAUGUUUUCCACCUCAGAUACUUUUUCUUCUAAUGGAUUACUUGAUGCCUUUAUGGAAAUAUCUGAGGACAGUCUUCAGCUUGAAAACACUGGAAAAGACAUAGAGCCAAAGGGUUCUUUUGUUGGGAAAGUAGAAGUUGACAGUGCUGUUGGUAAUAAAACCACUUUCUUAGUGACCUGGAAGACUGACAGCACACCAACCAUGUUAAUAAUCGAUCCUGACAGAAAAGAAUAUAAAAACAACGAUUUUAAAAUCGAAGAACAUUUGCAUAUUGGGACUCUGCAAAUUCCUGAUACAGCAAAGAAAGGCACAUGGAUGUACAACAUUUCUAAUACUGACAACAAUCAACAGAAUGUUGCGCUCACAGUAUUAACAAAACCAUCAGAUUCUAAAAACUCGCCAGUUCUUGUUAAUACUUAUCAAAAACCAGGUCAACCAGCAACUAUUUUUGUAGAGAUCUUCCAAGACUUUUCCCCUGUUAUUAAUGCUGAAGUCACUGCUAUUAUUGAAACUGAAAAAGGUUCUUCAAGUAUCCACAAACUUCUCGAUAGUGGCUCAGGUGCUGACCUGAUCAGAAAUGAUGGCAUUUACUCUGUUUUCUUUAGACCAACCACCAAAGGCAGACAUGGUUUCAAAGUAAGAGUUGAAAGUAUAAAAAAACAAUCCAAGCAAGAGCCUGCACUGGCCUCACAUGCCAUGUAUGUAAGAAGCUAUUUUGAAAAUGGUGCAUUACACUGGAAUCCUCCAAAACCCCCAGUCAGUGAUAAUCUCAUCCCCGUUGAAGAUUUCAGCAGGACCAAAUCUGGAGGGGCAUUUAUAGUAACAGAAGUGCCUCCAGCAGGUGAAGAUGUCUACCCUCCUUGUAAAAUUACUGACUUCGCUGCUGCCAUGGAAAAUGAUACAGUUAUGUUGUCAUGGACAGCACCAGGGGAUGACUUGGAUGAAGGAACAGCUUUGGAGUAUGAAUUAAGAAUAAGUGGGAACGUUCAGGAACUCAGAGACAGAUUUCACAACGCUACCAAGGUCAACACUACUGCAAUUCGACCCCUGCCCGCUAGAUCCAAGGAAGAAUUUUCUUUUGUGCCAGAAAUGACCAAUGACACUGUCAUCUACCUAGCCAUUCGUGCUCUUGAUGAGACAGGACUUGCUUCAGGCUUGUCCAACAUAGAACAAGUGACCAUUGCUAAACCAGCUGUUCCUACAACUACCGCUAAUAUUAAGGAUGACAAUAAAAAUACAGCUCGUAAUAAAGACCUUAUUCUGGGAAUAGCAGUGGCUUCUGUAGCUGGAGGUACAUGUCUUAUUAUAGGUGUGAUUGCAUAUGCUGUACAAAAGAGAAGGAGUGGGCAACUCAACACUGGAGUAAUAUAAGCAUUUAGGCAUGAAUAAAAUGGUAACUGCCCUUUUAAAAGCAGAUUCCUCAUGCAAAGAAAAAUAGUAAGAUGAACUUAAGCAGAUAACAAUAAGCAGAUAAUAAGCAGAUAACAUUUUUCCUUGCUGUAGUGAUCUGUGUGAUCCUUUCAAAUGUAAGACUUCUUCAUUAAAGUCAUUGUGUGCUUUACAGCUUUCACAUUCAGUUCAAAACAUAAAGAAUGCCAGAGCCUAACUGUGCAAUUGUGCUCGAGCAAACCCAUCCUCACUAUCUAACUAGAUCCCUGGUCACAUUGAAUAUCCCCCCUCCCCACAAUGAGGGUAGCUCUUAUUACAGCCCUAACAUGCACCUCCCACACCCCCCGUUCCAGCACAAUUGCACAUCAGAGGCACAGACUAAUCAGCUUACAGGAUGUCUUACAAAUUGAACACAAAUGACAUACAUUCAUUUGUUAAAUGAAUAUAUGUCAUGUAUUUUGAACUGAAGUCAUGAAGGUGGCCUCCUUCAUAUAUGUUCAUGUAUAUAGGAAGCAUUUUUUUAUUAUACACUUUAUUACAAUAUAGUUUCAUAACAUCUUGUCUAUUAACACAACAGCCUGUGGUGUUAUAUUGGUUAAGAAAAAUAUUCAUAAUGCUUGUAUACUGUACCUGUGUAAGGGGAAAGCAUAUGGACUGUAUCUGGGGACUUGUUUAAUUCAUUAUGUAUUGAAUCUUCUAAUAAUGUUACAAUAAAACAUUUUUUUUAU